AUGCUUAAGCUGGCAUAUUUCGUUUUGAGCGCCCUAAUUAUCCUGGAUGUUUAUGGAUCAUUGGCGCAUCCCCAGGAUAAAGGAGGUUCCGUUUGCCAACUAAACGAUCCUCCGAACCAGUGCGCUCAAUUCUGCCUCACAAGACUGCAACCGAUGAUCGAAAACAUUCCCGAAACCAAGACAAAGCUGGACCGGAUUCAAGGCGAACAGCAGGCAAUUCAGACCAAACUCGUGGCGGUGCAAUCCAGGCUGGAGGCCCAGCGAUCGGGAUUUCAAAUCGAGUUGGAUGCCCAUCUUCAAGCCGUUCAGAAUAAAGUGGAAGUCCUGCAGACGGACAUUCAGAAAAAGCUGGAUAGCCAACUUCUGGCGGUUCAGACCAAGCUGGAGGGACAACUUAAGGAGUUACUUCUUGCAGUAGAGAAAAAGCUGGACGACCAGAAAACAUCUUUCCACGACUCCUUUGAGGUGAGAUUAAACAGGACUGAAGGAGAAUUGCAGGAUCUUCAGACCAAGCUGGAUGAAAAACUUCUGGAUGAACGGAAGACCAUUACAAAGCAAGAUUUUGAGGUCAGAAUGAACAGGACGGAAGGACAACUGCAGAAUCUUCAGGAAAAAAUUGUAGGCCAACUAGGAGCCUUUCAGGCAACUCUCCAGGAAACCCGAUCCAAAAAUAAUUUAAAAGCCAAAUCGCCUAAAUUUCAACGGAUCGCCUCGAGGUACUUCUAUAUUGAAAAUAAUAUGGAGCUAGAUCAUUUUGCGGCUGGUGUCGCCUGUCGUGAAAUGGGCGGAAACUUGGCGUCAAUUAAAGACGAAGAGGAAUUAAAUGGUAUUGCCGUGAGGAGCGUAAGAGACACAUGGUAUCACCUUAGCAUCAACAACCUGGACAAAGAGGGCGUUUUUGUAUCUGAGACCACAGGGAAGCUAGCCACAUAUUUUAAGUGGAGAUCAGGAUAUCCCGGUAACUCUAUAGGCUGCGUUCAGCUAUACAAUGGAGGAAUGGGUAUAUAUGGCUGUACGGAUAAGGUAAAUUUUAUUUGUCAGUCAGACGAUGAAAUAUAA